UUCCCCAACAUAUAUCCCCAAAUUUUCGAGGCGGAAGCCAAAUCGUACUUGUCGAAACCCUAGAGCCCACCUCGCCGCCGGCGAUGUCCGCCUGACGGGCCCGCCGCCGCCCCCACCCAGCCUCUCAAGCAGCCGCCCUUCCCCCAGCCCCCCUGAUCCGUCGCCCCGCCCGCGGGAUCCGAAUCGGUGCCGGCAGCCAUGUCCAAGGCCAGGGUCUACUCCGACGUCAACGUGGUGCGCCCCAAGGAGUACUGGGACUACGAGGCCCUCGCCGUGCAGUGGGGUGAGCAGGAUGACUAUGAAGUUGUCCGGAAAGUUGGGAGAGGCAAAUACAGUGAAGUCUUUGAGGGCAUCAAUGUUAACAACAAUGAAAAAUGUGUUAUUAAGAUACUGAAGCCUGUGAAGAAAAAGAAGAUCAAAAGAGAGAUCAAAAUACUUCAGAAUCUCUGUGGUGGUCCAAAUAUCGUGAAGCUGCUUGAUAUUGUUCGAGACCAGCAUUCAAAGACACCAAGCUUGAUCUUUGAAUAUAUAAACAAUACAGAUUUCAAAGUGCUGUACCCGACAUUGACAGAUUAUGACAUUCGCUAUUAUAUCUAUGAACUACUUAAGGCUUUGGACUACUGCCAUUCACAAGGCAUUAUGCACCGAGAUGUGAAGCCUCACAAUGUUAUGAUAGAUCAUGAGCUUCGGAAACUCCGGUUAAUAGACUGGGGCCUUGCUGAAUUCUACCAUCCUGGCAAAGAAUAUAAUGUCCGUGUUGCAUCAAGGUACUUCAAGGGACCUGAGCUUCUCGUCGACUUACAAGAUUACGACUACUCUUUGGACAUGUGGAGCCUUGGCUGCAUGUUUGCUGGAAUGAUAUUCCGCAAGGAACCAUUUUUCUAUGGCCAUGACAACCAUGAUCAACUUGUUAAGAUUGCCAAGGUACUUGGAACAGAUGGGCUGAAUACUUAUUUGAACAAAUACCGAAUUGAGCUUGACCCUCAGCUUGAAGCCCUUGUUGGAAGGCACAGCAGGAAACCUUGGUCAAAGUUUAUUAAUGCAGACAACCAACACCUAGUAUCCCCUGAGGCCAUAGAUUUCCUUGAUAAGCUCCUGCGCUAUGAUCACCAGGAUAGGCUCACUGCUCGUGAAGCUAUGGCACAUCCAUACUUCCUACAGGUGAGGGCUGCGGAAAACAGCAGGACGCGCGCGCAGUAGGUAAUAGCAGACUGCUGCUAACUAUCAACGAGCAGCGCUCAACGAAGCCGCACCCUGUCAGCGGCUUCGUCAUGUAUUGUGACUCGAUAGUGGUUGGGUCAGUUGGGAGAGUCAAUUCUGGGAGAUCUUUGUUGCGUCUGCCUAUCUGCAUGGGGGAAGAACUGUGAUUUAAUCCUGUUGUUUGUGUAUGAAUGAAACCCGGUUGAUUGCAUGUUUGCAACAGAUUAUUCAUGUAAUCGUGUUUGGAUCUGUAUGACUGCUUGUAAAGGAUAUCUUUGAUUAAUUGGUUUGGAUUCAAAUUUCGUGCAGCCA